AUGGCACAAAACUUAACGGAGCAGCUUGUUGGUUCAGAGAUACAUGGCUUCCACACUUUGAGUGAUCUUGAUGUUGGGGAGACUUUGGAGGAAGCAAAAAGCAGAUGGCUUCGUCCAAAUGAGAUUCAUGCCAUUCUCAGCAAUUACAAAUAUUUUACUAUCCAUGUCAAGCCAUUGAAUUUGCCCAAAAGUGGUACUGUUGUACUAUUUGACCGCAAGAUGCUUAGGAACUUCCGAAAAGAUGGGCACAACUGGAAAAAGAAAAAUGAUGGGAAAACUGUUAAAGAAGCUCAUGAGCAUUUAAAAGUUGGUAAUGAAGAGAGGAUCCACGUAUAUUAUGCACACGGCCAAGAUUACCCAAGCUUUGUUCGAAGAUGUUAUUGGCUGCUUGAUAAGAGUUUGGAGCACAUAGUCCUUGUUCAUUAUCGUGAGACACAGGAGUCUCAAGGCUCUCCUAUUACACCGGUAAGUUCAUUAGGUUGUGGAUUGACACAGUCUCAAGGCUCUCCUUUUACGCCUGUAAAUUCAAAUUCGAGCUCUAUUUCUGAUCCAACUACGUCGUGGAUUCCAUCGGAAGACUUAGAUUCUGGAACCAAUAGUGCUUUUACUAAUGGGCUGAAUGGAAAUUUAACAGGUAGAAGUCUUGAACAGAAGCUUCAUGAGCUCAAUACAUGUGAAUGGGAAGACCUAGUGGCUUCACAUGGUAAUACCACUGCUAUACCUAAUGGAGGAGGCAACGAAUCACAUUUCUAUCAACUAAAUCAAAGGUUAAUGAAUGGAAGCGUUGGCAAUAGUUUUUAUUACCAGGUUGCCGGUAGUCCUGGAGAAGUUCAUUCUUUUGAGGCAUCGGCUCUUGAAUCAUCGAUUGCUUCAUCUGUUCAUGAUCCAUUUUCAUCCCUGCCAAUGGAACAUAAUCAACAACCUUCACUGCCGGAACAAGUGUUUCAUCUCACUGAACUGGCCCCUGCUUGGGCUUCUUCCACUGAAAAAACAAAGGUCCUGGUAACUGGAUAUUUUCACAAUGAUUAUCAACACUUUGCAAAGUCCAAUCUAGUGUGCGUCUGUGGCGAAACAAUUGUUCCUGUAGAAAUUGUUCAGGUUGGAGUUUACCGAUGCUGGGUAAUGCCACAUUCUCCAGGAUUCGUGAAUCUCUAUUUGAGCUUUGAUGGCCAUAAGCCUAUUAGCCAAAUUGUUAAUUUUGAGUAUCGUACUCCUAUUUUGCACGACCCUACUGCUUCGAUGGAAGAUACAUACAACUGGAUUGAGUUUCGACUUCAGAUGAGGCUUUCUCAUUUGCUUUUUACAACACAAAAGACCCUUGAUUUAUUCUCUAGUAAAGUAUCACCUACUGCACUCGAAGAGACUAAAAAAUUCGCCUCCAGAACAUUAUUUAUUUCCAAAAGUUUGCAACACUUUAUGAAAUCGUCCGACGCAAACACACCUCCAUUUCCGCAAGCAAAAAAUACCUUUUUCGAAAUUGCGUUGAAGAACAAAUUAAGGGAAUGGCUUUUGGAACGAAUUGUACUACGAUGCAAGACUGCGGAAUAUGAUGCACACGGGCAAGGUGUGAUUCAUCUGUGUACACUUCUGGGAUAUACUUGGGCUAUUACAUUAUUUUCAUGGUCAGGCUUGUCGCUCGAUUUCCGUGACAAAUUUGGAUGGACAGCUCUCCAUUGGGCAGCAUAUAAUGGAAUGGAGAAAAUGGUUGCAACUCUGUUGUCUUGUGGGGCAAGGCCUAACUUGGUGACAGAUCCAACUCCACAAAAUCCCGGUGGCUGUACUGCUGCUGACCUUGCUUACAUGAAUGGAUAUGAUGGUUUAGCCGCUUAUCUUUCGGAAAAGUCUUUGGUUGAGCAGUUCAAUGACAUGAGCUUAGCUGGAAAUAUCAGUGGUUCACUUGAAACAACCACAACUGAUCCAGUAAAUCCAGAGAACCUUACCGAGGACCAAUUGUACCUAAAGGAUACAUUGGCAGCCUACCGAACAACAGCUGAGGCAGCAGCACGCAUACAAGCUGCGUUUAGAGAGCACUCACUGAAACUGCGUUAUCAGUCGGUUCAAUUUAGCAGCCCGGAGGAGGAAGCACGCCAAAUAGUAGCAGCAAUGAAGAUUCAACAUGCCUUUCGCAACUUUGAGACAAGGAAAACGAUGGCAGCCGCUGUUCAUAUUCAGCAUAGAUUCCGUACGUGGAAGUUGCGGAAAAAAUUUCUCCACAUGCGAUGUCAGGCUAUAAAAAUUCAAGCUGCAUUCAGGGGCUUUCAAGUGCGUAGGCAAUAUCGUAAGAUUUUAUGGUCUGUUGGAAUUCUUGAGAAAGCAAUCCUUCGUUGGCGUUUAAAGAGAAAAGGAUUCCGUGGGCUUGAGGUGAGUCCUGUCGAAGACAUGAUAAAUGAGAAGCAUGAAAGCGACGUAGAAGAAGAGUUCUUUAAGACCGGUAGGAAACAAGCAGAAGAACGUGUUGAGAGGUCUGUGGUACGUGUACAGGCAAUGUUCCGAUCGAAGAAAGCACAACAGGAGUAUAGCAGGAUGAAGAUGGCCCAUAGUCAAGCAAAGCUGGAACUUGAAUUAGAAGACCUUCUCAAUUCUGAUGUGGACAUGUUAACAACAAAGACAGCAUAG